CAACAUUUCUAUCGAUAGUGCAACUGAAUGCAGUGGCUAUGUAAUAAGCAUCAAUAUGGAUCUUAUUUAUACAAAGAAGGUCAGGAAGGAAUUUCACAUCAACAUUCGAGCUAGCUAUGGUUACGUUUAUCCUGGCUACGGUGCCCUUUUCUCAAUAAGGUUCACGCCGAAUCCAAUUUUGAAAGGUAAUUAUGGUAAAUACUUGGAGCAACUGAGGAUCCAUCGUGCUGUUCUGAUAAAUAGGCAUUAUGUGGACGAUUUAAUCGUAACUCCGUAUAGUAUGCCAUCAACCGGUUUGCUCCUGAUAUCCGUAAAUCUAAUCAAAUACGAUUUACCAGCAAAGAUAUCGGCAGUUCCUCUAGCAGAAUGGGAAAAAUCGAGAAGUCAAUACCGCUUUAAAGAUGCUUCGACACAAACUACAAAUAUGAACGAAAUGGAGGUGUAUAAAAAAGCAUUGGAAAACUUUUCCAGUUCUAUUUGGCAAUACAAAGAAGCAACUGAAACCGACACUCGAAUUUUGAGCCGUUUUUUAGCAGACGACUCACUUGAACAAGCCUUUCCUCUAGGCAUUGACAACUCUGAACAAUACGAUAAACAGUUUCCGGACAUGAAAAUCAAAACGAACUCGAAUUCAAAAUCACCGAAAACGCAAAUACGCGAAGACUCUAUUCCAAAGCCCAUUUUGACCUCAUCCAUCCAAGUCAAUAUAAAUCAAUCAAGAUAUCAAACUGUUGGUAGAACGAAGCUGCCUAACUUCGAAGAGACGUUUCAGAGUUGCCAAUUUUUCGCCAAACCCCAAUCUUCGAGACGCAGGAGGGGAAGACCUAAAGCUAUUCGCUGUGACGUUUCCAGAUCACUCAACGUUUCUGUUAAUAAUAAAAAGUCUUCAGACACCCCUUGUACAUCACGAGGAGAUUCCAUGUCACCUGUCUCAUCAGAAAACUUGACUUUCGCAUCUUCUGUCGAACAAGUUCAUUCGAGUUCUGAAGAGGAAAGGUGCACGACGCAUUUAGAUUCGCAAAGCUUGGCUGAAUUUGAUGAAAUAGUGAAACAGGUUAAUGAAAAAUGUAAAUACUUCGGUGAUGAAGAUUAUGAGAAUGAGCUCGACCUGAUCAAUCAACUCAUAACGGAGAAAAUGCAGAAUGACCUGAUUGGAAUCUACGACGAUAAAUCAGAUGUUUAAAACAUUCUGGAUCACUAUAUUUAUAUUUACUUAUUUUAUCAUGCAAAUUAUUCAUAUUUUGAUACGUGCAAAAAUUUAGCUCUUGAUAAU